GUUAUGUUGUAUUAGGCCGGUAUUUGAGGUCAAUAGGAUAAGCUUCCAUUUCUUCUACUAUUUUGUCCCGCAGUAAUGUCAAACACACUGUCAAAAACAAUGGAAAUAAAUCUCAGAAUAACCUGUUAAGCUCCAACACCAAAAUCCAAACCCCACUGCAAAACAACAGUUUUUAGCUGUGUUUAUUUUACCCGCAGGGGUUAGGAUUCUGCUGCCGUUUCACCAUCACAUGAAGAACCCUCCUCCUCUUCCAGAGGCCUGCUUUUUAUUUGAUUGUCGGCGGUGUCAGAACCGACUGUCCGUGUGUGUGUGAGUGGAUGCUGUGCAGAUCUUCCAGCUGCUCUCUGGUCUGCUGCAUCCACUCAUUAUAAUAAUUACAAAAUGAGAAUGGAGGUUGGUUUCUGUAUAGUUAGAUUACAAAUAUAGUAGGGCUGCAUGAUAUGGAUAAAGUAUUUAUUAUAAUCAUUUUAUUUCAUCAGAGCUGUGCCAUAGCACGCAGUGAGGCCAGCAAUGGCGAACUCUUAAUGUUAGGAUUUUAUGUCAACCCUGUAUUUCGUUGUACAUUAACAGUUAGGUGCAAGGAGAUGAAGAGGGAAGGAAGGCAAGGGACAAGAAAAUAACAUAGGGCCAGUGCGGAGGGGCCCUAAAGAAGGAGGGAGGUCAGCCUCGACUCCAGUGAUUUGGGGGCGGGUGCAAGGUCACUCUGCCCUGUUGGUGACCAUCAACAAAAUCCUGUUUAUUUUUUAUUUUUUCCUCUUUCCUGUAUGGAUUUUAAGCUUGAUUUAAUGUUAUUCCUCUUUUUUAUAUUUUUUCACUCCGUUUGUCUCCCUUGAGUCCUGUCCGUCUCUCUCGUACACACACACGCACGCACGCGUUCGGCCUUGAGUUGGCAGUCCUCUCAUUAUUAUUGGCAGACAAUCUUACUUUAGCGCUGGAGAUCAUAAUCUUGGUUCAUUGCUCUCGUGCAUCGAUGAUUUAUUGUGUAAAUAUUUAUCAUGCCAUUUCCUUUGUGUGCAUAUUUAGUUGACUUUGAGUUGGGGAAACUGAUCGGCAGGGCCCUGAUGAUGCUAUCGUUUUGUGUAUUGCGAUGGAAUAUUCAGAUUUUUUCGAGUUUAAAGCAGCCUUCCCAAAACUUCUUCAUGCAAGGUCCCGGUAGGACUCCACAGUCAGCCUUCAUAAAUAAACUGGAAUAUGCAGAAAUUGAAUUGCCAAAUAACAUUAAUGUUAAAAAAAAAAAGUGGGUUUUCAAUCAGUGAUUGUGAAUGAGGCGACAUGUGAUUUUGAUUGCAAUUCCAUGGUCUGAUUUCUCGAUGAGUAUUUGGCGCCCAUAUCAACAUACUUGUAGGGCAGGUUAAAACAAUCAAUCAUUCAAUACAGCAAUAUUUUGGUCAACAAAGUUUAGUCUUUCAGCCGAGUAGCUGCUGCUUUACGUCCCAUGGUUUGAGAAAUGCUUGGUCGAUGUCUACCGUAAGUUGAGGUUUUGUUCAACACGUCCAUCAUGGCUAAAAUCUUUCCCAGCCUCAAAAUCCUUACACAAACAAUUCGUAGACAUCAUCGGUUAGAAUUUCCCUUUCAUGCAUUUAUUGUCUGUCAGUCUUUCAUCAUUGAAAUGCUUUGAAUACUUGCAUUAAUGCAAAUGUAUAAAAGUAUGUUGAUGAUGAAGUGUGUAGACUGAACUUUACCUCUUGGCCUAGUUUGAGAAGCGGCGAGUGAUGUGAAAACAGGAAGUUGGUGGCACAGUUCGGUUAGAUUUAAUUCUGUGAUACGUCGUGUGUGAUCAUGUGACCGAUUUGUAGGAAUGUGUGGCUGGCCUGGUAUCCUCAGUUGUGCUCAGUCAUGCCGGGUCAACACAACACUAUUUUGAAAAAUGCUGAACUUUCUUUUUCUUUUUUACAGAAGUGGUCAAGCUUAGGCUGUGGUGGCACACCAAGACUAUUACAUUGCUCUGGUGUAUUUUGAGAGUGUUCUGUCUUGGGGACACUUAAAGAUAUCCCUCAUCUAAUAUGUCAUGAGUUUGAUCUUAUUGAACUUGGUUUAUUUUGAUUUCAAAUAUAAUCUAAGGUGUCGCUGGAAAUAUGGAUUGACUUGCCUUGUCUGUGUCUGUAGCUGCUAUCUGCUCUUGUUUUGUGCCACUAUUGGUGGCACAAAACACUUGGUUAAGGCGUGGGCCAAUUCUAGUUACACUUAUUUUCCAGAUGAGAGGCUGAACCCUUGGUUUAUUAUGUUCUGCGUUAAAUAAAUAAUAGGCCAGAGUAAAAGGUUUUGUAGAAAACAAUGGCUAUGUCUGUGUUGAAGAGGGUUUAGGGAAAUGGAAAAUGGAUCUGCCUUUUGAACUAAUUUCCUCUUAAACAGAAACCAGAUAUGACAAACAGUUGUUAGUUGGUAUCCAGUGGUGGAGGUGCAUAGCCCUCCAACUGAUACAAAUAAUAGGACUGUUGGAGCCUUCCGAAGGAUCAGAUUACAUCUCUUCUAUCUCUUGUUUUACUUAUCUUCUGCUGCCAAAUGCCUUGUAUUACUGGAAUAAGGCCUCUGCUUCACUCCCUCGAGUGAUUUCAGUCAGUGAUUCAGAAUCUCCACAACCUGUUUGGCAGCCCUGGGAUUCUCCGCGAAAUGGGACCUGAAUAGCAACAGUUGCUAGAGUGCAACCCUGGCGCUUUAAGGGUUUGGUUGCCUCGAUUUGGCCAAGCAGUGUUGGGCCCGAUUCAGCUACUGGGUUGCUGUGCAGAAUGCAGACGCACACAUUAAACUAGAGAAGUGGUCGGAGCAUUGGAGAGGGGAGGAACUGUGUUGCUAUCUACAUUCUGCUAGGGGUGUCACAAUACAUGUAUUCGUAUUGAACCGACUCGGUACGGACGUCACGGUUCGGUGCAUGAAUUUACACGGAGAAUACACGGUUGAAUUAAACGGGCAUGCGGUCAUCUGGAGUGAAGGAUUCUCCCGAAAGUGAUGGUUAACUAUUGAGCCAUUUUGAUAGAUAGUGGCAAAUGAUAUGAUGAAAGUAUGCAUGUCCUGUUCCAUGGAUUCUAAUUCAUGGUUCAUUUGGGUACUUUUCUUGAGGAGUGAGACUCACGUUUUUGUACUUUUGCAUACCUUCUCCAAGAUGGAUAAGGUGUAACCUUGUACACGUAAUUCUGAGGAGAUCUUAUCUCCAUUGAUCUUUAAGUCAUGUCUCGAUGACCCUUCAUGAACAGGAAGGGAUAUUUAUUUACAAGGGGAUACAUUUAUGUUAAGAUGUGCUGCCUGGAUCCAAAAAAUUUUGUCAACACGUUCAAUGCGUUAUUUAACAGGGUGCGUUAUUUAACAGUGGUACAUUUUAAAGAGUGGGCUUUGGCAGGCUGGUAGCCAAUGGGGUCCCAGAGGGCAGGUUCCUGGAGGAAGUGAAUGGUCGAGCAGAAGGCUGAGGCCCCUCCCACUACUACUCCCUGGCUUCCUUCCAGUACAUAGAAAACAUAUCCUUCCAGAUCGGCUUCCUCCCACAGGGAUACCCCUGACCCAAAUGUAUGCAUAAACUCCAAAGAAGAGGCGGAAUCCUAACACAAAUAACUUCCUGCCAAAAUGACUCUAACUGCAAAGAGCCAGCAGGAGAAAGGACUACAAACGGGUUGAAAUCCAGUUUCAGGAGCAGAAGACAUUGAUUUAAAACAUGGGUUAAUGUUAAAAUAUGGAUGACAGCUUGAUUAAUGCAUGAUUUAUGCAACUUCUUUGUUAGUCUUGACUCUUGAACGCUCGCUCUCUCGCUCGCUCUCUCACUCUCCAUCCUUAAAGCUCUCUCGCGCGUUUCUCGCUCGUCUGACAGUGGACCCGUAGAGGAAACAGGAAAGGCCUGAACUGCUUGGUGUUGGGACGGAUAUCCUCUUCAGAAGGCGUUCCCUCACUUAACUCUGAUUCUCUCUCUCUCUCUUUCUGUAUCUCUGUCUCCCACUUCACCUCCCCUCCUAUGCCACAUUUUCCUGUCUGGGUGGAUUUCAGUGCACGCAUUGCUGGAGUAUGUUUCAGGGUUUUUGACGUUUUUUCCCUCAGUCUUUUCACUUGGCAUCUCAACUUUGGAACUAUGUGUUGGCAUGGCGAUGAGGAUAACGAGGGCAGCUCAGAGAGUGACCCCGGCGGGCUUUCGGUGCUGGAGCAGCUGGGUCUGGACCAGAGCACAGACUUCUCUGAGUCCAGCAUCCAGCAGCGUCUGGACGAGGAGCGGGAGAGGAUCCGCAGCGAGAUCCGCAAGGAGCUGAAGAUCAAGGUGGGGGCGGAGAACCUGCGGAGGGCCACCACGGACAAGAAGAACGCACAGCAAGUGGACAGUCAGCUGAGGAGCUCCAACCGCCGGCUGGAGGACCUCCACGCUCAGUUGCAGGAGCUGGAUGCUCACAUCGUGGUGAAGGGAGGAGAUGAGAGUAAAGACGAGUGUCCCCAGUCGCCGGGCACUGAGAGCCGGACCAGCGUCCAGCUGGACCGCAUCUCGGCCCUGGAGAGACAGCUCAACAUAGAGCUCAAGGUCAAACAAGGAGCCGAGAACAUGAUCCCCAUCUACGCUAAUGGAUCCACCAAGGACAAGAAGAUGCUUCAAACAGCCCAGCAGAUGCUGCAGGACAGCAAGACCAAGAUCGACAUCAUCCGCAUGCAGAUACGCAAGGCCGUGCAGGCCACCGAGCACAGCGACGACCCGCAAGGUAACAACGACAUGUACGGAGUGGAGCUGCGCAUCGAGGAGCUCCGUCACCACUACAGGGUGGAGCACGCGGUGGCCGAGGGGGCCAAAAACGUCCUGCGGCUCCUGGGGGCCAGCAAGGUUCAGGACAAGAAGGCCCUGAGCGAGGCCCAGUGCCUCCUGAGCGAGGCGUCCCAGCGCCUGGACCUCCUGCGGGACGCCCUGGACCAGAGGCUGGCCGAGCUCCCCGCGGACCACCCCAAGGCCAGCCUCAUCAAGGAGGAGAUGGUCCUGGCCGCCUCGCCAGCCUUCAGCUCCCGCCACGGCGCCCCCUACCUCCGCAACCAGUACAGCACCCUCAGCAAGCCCUCGCCGCUCACUGGUACCCUGCAGGUGCAGCUGUUGGGCUGUGUGGGCGUGCUGGAGGUGGUGCCUGGCCGCUCUAAGGGCACGUCGGCCAUGUUGCCGUGCUACAGCCCCGGGGACAGCAAGUCCUUCAUGCGGGGCACCAAGGGGCUCUACGGACGCAGUGGCUCGCUCAGCGGCAAGACCCCCAGCAAGACGGACGAGCUCUCUUCGGAGGUGAGUGCGGUCCUGAAGAUGGACAACGGCGUGGUGGGUCAGACAGCCUGGAAGACCGUAGGAGAUCAGGCCUGGGACCAGACCUUCACCGUGGAGCUGGAGAGGUCCAGGGAGAUGGAGAUAGCGGUGUACUGGAGGGACUACAGGUCUCUGUGUGCCCUAAAGUACCUGAAGCUGGAGGACUUCCUGGACAACCAGAAGCACGCAGUGCAGCUGGAGCUGGAACCACAGGGGCUGCUGCUGGCGGAGGUGACCUUUUUCAACCCUGUGAUCGAGAGAGUCCCUCGUCUUCAGAGGCAGAAGAAGGUCUUCUCCAAACAGCAGGGCAAGGCCUUCUUGCGUGCGCGGCAGAUGAACGUGGACAUUGGGACGUGGGUGAGGCUGCUGCGGAACGCCAUCCCCACCGUCAACAACACAGGAACCUACAGCCCCCACGCACACAGCCUCACCAGCGGGGAAAUCUGUAUGGAGAAGCUGAGUCUGGACAGCGACUCUCCAUACAAAGGAGAAAACAAGAGAGACACGGAAAACAACACGCCGGAGCGGGUGCCUGCUAUCGAGCCCUUCUCCCCCCCUGACCUCACUCCUGACCUCACCCAUGACCUCAACCCAGAGUGUACUGCCCAAACCCCCCCUGUUGACAGUAAGCAAAGAAAGGGCCCGCUGUCCCUCAAGGACUUCCGUCUGAUCGCCGUGCUCGGCAGGGGACAUUUUGGAAAGGUGCUGCUGUCGGAGUACAAGAAGAGCGGCACCAUGUACGCUAUCAAGGCCCUGAAGAAGGGAGACAUCGUAUCCAGGGACGAGGUGGACAGCCUCAUGUGCGAGAAGAGGAUCUUCGAGGCGGUCAACUCGUCCCAGCACCCCUUCCUGGUCAACCUGUUUGCGUGCUUCCAGACGCCGGAGCACGUGUGCUUCGUCAUGGAGUACACGGCGGGCGGAGACCUCAUGAUGCACAUCCACACGGACGUCUUCACAGAGCCGCGCGCCAUGUUCUACUCGGCCUGCGUUGUGCUUGGACUCCAGUUCCUUCAUGACCAUAAGAUUGUGUACAGAGACCUCAAGCUGGACAAUCUGCUGCUGGACAAAGAUGGCUACGUCAAGAUCGCCGACUUUGGCCUUUGUAAAGAAGGGAUGGGUUAUGGUGAUCGGACCAGUACAUUCUGCGGGACCCCAGAGUUCUUGGCCCCGGAGGUGCUGACAGACACCUCGUACACCCGCGCCGUGGACUGGUGGGGGCUGGGGGUCCUCAUCUAUGAGAUGCUGGUGGGCGAGUCCCCGUUUCCAGGUGACGAUGAGGAGGAGGUGUUUGACAGCAUUGUGAACGAUGAAGUGCGCUACCCACGCUUCCUCUCCACUGAGGCCAUAGGCAUAAUGAGGAGGCUGCUGAGGAGGAACCCUGAGAGACGGCUGGGCUCCGGGGAGAAAGAUGCAGAGGAGGUGAAGAAGCAGCCGUUCUUCAAGUCCAUGGACUGGGAGGCGCUGCUCCAGAGGAAGCUCACCCCUCCCUUCGUGCCGCGCAUCGCGGGCAAGGAGGAUGUCAGCAACUUUGACGAGGAGUUCACCACCGAGGCGCCGUCCCUCACGCCGCCGCGAGAGCCCCGCACGCUCUCCCGCAAGGACCAGGACAGCUUCCGGGACUUUGACUACGUCUCCGACCUCUGCUAGUUGGAGCCCGCGUGGAGGGGGCUGAUGUUGGGUCAAAGGUCACCGGCUGUGGCAGGGGGG